AUGUGUGGCACCGACACGAUGCUAUGGAAACGACUCCGCACAUUGCUAGAUUGUAUUGCCUAUAAACGCUGCCUAAUUCCAUUUGUAGGCGAUGAGACUGAAGACGCAAGUGUGUUCGUGUCGAACGCGUAUAGUCUAGCAAGGGGCAUGGAAGUUUCGCUUUUGGAUCUGCUUGCAUACAUGCGACAUGCUCAAUGUCACGAUCCACGAGACCGGGUAUACGGUAUCUUGGGAUUAUCAUUCAAGAUUGGCACGGGAACAGACCUACGACCCGAUUACAACAAGCCAAUAGUGGACGUGUACAUGGACCUUAUGAUGGCCUCAAUGCAGAAGUUGAGACGUCUUGACUUGUUGUCCCUAUGCAGAUACGAGGAAACGAGAGGAAACUGGCCAUCCUGGAUACCUUAUCUCAUGGACUUGGAAAAGGGGCGUCGCAUAGCCUCGUUUGCGUCUGGGAAGUCAUGCUGUGAGGUAGAACUGCUGGAAAACAGGAUACUGCGGAUGACCGGAAUACGCCUGAGUCAAAUCACCAUGGUAGAUGAGUUUGAUGCGUCUUAUGAAAACGCUGAAUCUGCGAUCCAACGGUGGGCGAAUCGUUUAGAUAUGGCUUCCGAUUACGUCGAUGGCAAAUCUCUUGCCGAAGCGUUGUGUCUCGCCAUCUGUGGAGGUGACCUGGCAGACUACUAUGUGCCAACUCUCAAGUCGCAUCCAGGCCUAGCAUCAUCGGUAGCAGUGCUUAAAAACACCGUGCAGCCUGAAUUCAGUACGGCUGUCACGGAUUGGGAUAAGAAGGACUUCUUCCACCACGUAUUCACCAUGUGCAGAGACCGAGCACUCUUUACAACGUCCUCUAAUCACAUCGGUAUAUGCCCCAAAGAUACCCGCAAGGGUGACCAGAUUUGCGUAUUACUUGGAUGUGAUGUCCCAGUAGCCAUACGUUCAGACUCGAAUGGGCAUUACAAGAUAAUCGGAGAUAGCUACGUGCCCGGAUUUAGCAGCAAUGAAGGGUUCUUAGGACCUCUACCUAAAGGUUAUAGAGAGGUGCAACACUAUAGCGCUCAAUCAGGGAUGGAUUAUUGGGUCUACCUGAAUUCGGAGACUGGGAAGAUUCAGGUCGGAGAUCCAAGGCUGGGUGAUGAGCUACCGUCAGGGUGGCAGCGAGUCACAGAUAUUGAAAGGCAAUUCUGGGAAGAGCAUGUCCAUGAUGGCGCGUCGAGUACGCGGACAUAUCUUGAUCCUAGGUUGACGAAGCCGGAGCUACUUAAGCGCGGAGUACCGCUGGAAGAUAUUGAGUUUUCGUAG